CCCCCCAAAUCCACAAUCUCUCUCUCCCCCCGCCUCCCUUUUUAACACCAAACUCUCUCUCUCUCUCUACGCCAUUACCAGAGCUCAACGAGCUCUCUGUUUCCCUUCCCGGAGAUAUCAGAUCGGAUCUUAUUUUUAUUAUAUAAACAAUAGUCUAAGAUGCAAACAACCAACGGCUCAGAUUCGUCGUUAUCAACUCCCGGAGCCACCCCUCCGAUUCAGCAACCAACCCCUCCGCCGCCUCAGCAGUGGCAGCAUCAGCAACAGCAGCAUUGGAUGACGACGGCGGCGGCUAUGCAGUAUCCAGGUGCGGCGGCUAUGAACAUGAUGAUGAUGCAGCAGCAACAGAUGAUGAUGUAUCCUCACCAAUACGUUCCUUACAAUCAAGGUCCUUAUCACCACCAUCCUCACUUCCAAUACGCACCGUAUCAGCAGCACCAACACCAACACAAGCCGCCGCAUGAGCGUGGUGGAUCUGGUGAAGACGUGAAGACUCUCUGGAUCGGUGAUCUUCUUCAUUGGAUGGACGAGACUUAUCUCCAUACUUGCUUUUCUCACACCGGCGAGGUUUCUUCUGUGAAAGUGAUUCGUAACAAGCUAACAUGUCAGUCAGAAGGGUACGGUUUUGUUGAGUUUCUUACACGUGCUGCAGCUGAAGAGGUUCUUCAGAACUUCAGUGGUUCAAUAAUGCCCAACUCUGAGCAGCCCUUCCGUCUAAACUGGGCAUCUUUCAGUACCGGUGAGAAGAGAGCAGUUGAGAACGGUCCGGAGCUGUCGAUAUUCGUUGGAGACUUGUCUCCGGACGUGACUGAUGCUAUGUUGCAAGAGUUGUUUGCCGAGAGAUAUCCAUCUGUGAAAAGCGCCAAAGUUGUGAUCGAUUCCAACACCGGCCGGUCCAAAGGCUACGGUUUUGUCAGGUUUGGCGAUGAAAGUGAGAGGUCAAGUGCUUUGACUGAGAUGAACGGAGCUUUGUGUUCCAACAGGGAGAUGAGAGUUGGUGUUGCGACUCCUAAAAGAGCUGUUGCUAAUCAUCAACAACAUUCUUCACAAGCUGUGAUACUGGCUGGUGGACAUGGAGCAAAUGAUUCUAUGGCUAAUGGUGACUCAAACAACUCAACAAUAUUUGUUGGCGGUCUUGACCCUGACGUUACUGAUGAAGACCUCAGACAACCUUUUAUAGAGUUUGGUGAGGUUGUUUCAGUGAAGAUCCCAGUAGGCAAAGGAUGUGGAUUUGUCCAAUUUGCUAACAGGAAGAGUGCUGAUGAUGCAAUCCAGAGUUUGAAUGGGACAGUGAUUGGCAAGAACACUGUCAGACUCUCUUGGGGUAGAACCCCAAACAAGCAGUGGAGAGGAGACUCAGGGCAGCAAUGGAAUGGAGGAUACUCACGAGGGCAAGGUUACAGCAACGGAGGAUAUGCUAACCACCACGACUCCAACACCUAUCCUGCCGAGACUUGAAGAGAAGAGAAGAGACUCAAGUGAUCAUGAUCCCACACAAUCAAUCAAUGCUAAACUUGUAGUGGAAAAAAGAGAAUUUUGUUAGAUGGAUUUGGUUUCGUUAGACUUAAUGUUGUUGUUCGGAGAUUCAAAGAUUUUGGUUACUACUGGUUUGUCUUUAGACAAAUAGUUAUUAUGGUUGUGCUUGUUGGAUCA